GAGUAAAGGCGUAAAAUAUCCCGCGGAGACCUUCGUGAUGCAACCUGGCCAAGGUCAGCGGCUCCCAAAUGUUUACCCCUCACACCCAACUAUGUGGCUGGAGGAGUUUGGAGUGGGUGGGCCCUGCGAUGAUGUGCUCACAAAGUCCACACUGUCCAGGCAAUCCAGUGCACACCUAGUCCAACCCCUUCUCUCACCCCUCAGCUGCCUACCUUUCUCCCCUCCUGCACUCCCCCGUACUCUUCUUCUGCUCCUCUGCCAGGGUGAGUCACUCGCUAGAAGUCGCUGCCUGAGGAGUUUUCUGGAGAGGCUUCGCCCUGUCUGACGGUCAUCCUUCACAGCCACCAUGGUUCACAGCAGCAGCAGUAUCUGCAGGGUGCUCCUGCUGUUGCUCCUCGGCCUCCUGGUAGCCUUUGUACACACAGAGACGGUCGCAGACCCUGCCUCAACAUCCAGGGACAACCAGGACACCAUGUCUGGAGAGCCACCCAGUGACAUCACCACCAAAGACCCUUUCCACGACAUGACAGAGCAGUCCUUCACCAAUGACUACGAGGACAGCACACACUCCCAGGCCAUGGACGAGGAGGAAGGGGUUCUGGGGCCGGGGGCCAUCACAGCCAUCGUUAUAGCCGUCUUCCUGGGAGCGUCUGUCCUCCUCGCCCUCAUCGUCAUCACACUCAGAAAGUUCACUGCAUCCUAGAGUGAAUGCAUCCCAUCUCGUGAGUGUGUAUGGUUGUGUGGGUGUUUGUACGCCCAUGCGUGUUUGUGUGUCUUCUGUCUCUCAUCUCAAUCUUUCGACUCCUAACUCCUCGUCUUUCUUCGCAAGAUGAGUUGUGACUUUUGCUUUGCUGUGGAUGCUGAAAACUGUGGCAGGUCCCCUGACUGACUAUUUGCAGAUUUACUCCUGUAAACACACUCUAACUGUUGCUCAACAUGUCCACUUAUUCCUGAAGGUAUAAUGUUAGAAACUGGCUGGCUCUUCCAGUGGAAUUCGUAGCAUGACCAUGUCAUUUUUAUUUUGUUCAGCUUUUUACUUUAUUUUUUUCAAAAUCUUAAAUGCAUGCUCUAAUGUUGUGGGCUGUUUGUUUUCUUGUCUUGAGUGUUUGGUGUGAAAUAUCCUGCAUGUGUUUGCUUUUAGUUGUACAUGAAGUGUGUGUGUGUGUGUGUGUGUGUGUGUGUGUGCGCGUGUGUGUUU